CCCCUGCCUCCCUACGCCGUCCCGGCCAUGGCUGCACGCCUGCUCCGCAGCUCCCUGCGCAUGUGGGGCGGCCGGUCUGCCCUGCGUUCACCGCCGGCCGCGAGAUGUUCUCAUUCCGGAGAGGAGAAACGUCUAGAAACUCCUUCUGCUGAAAAAUUAACAGAUAUAGGAACUCGAAGAAUCUUUUCUUCAGAACAUGACGUUUUCCGGGAAAAUGUAAGGAAGUUUUUUCAAGAAGAAGUGAUUCCUCACCACGCAGAAUGGGAGAAAGCUGGAGAAGUGAGCAGGGAGCUUUGGGAAAAAGCUGGCAAACAAGGACUUCUCGGUGUCAAUAUUGCAAAGCAUCAUGGUGGUAUUGGUGGAGACUUGUAUUCAGCAGCUAUAAUGUGGGAAGAACAAGCAUAUUCAAAUUGUACAGGCCCAGGUUUUAGUCUUCAUUCAGAUAUUGUCAUGCCCUAUAUUGUGAACUAUGGCUCUGAAGAACAGAUUAAGCACUUCAUCCCCCAGAUGACUGCUGGGAAAUGUAUUGGCGCCCUAGCAAUGACAGAGCCUGGGGCUGGAAGUGAUUUGCAAGGAAUAAGAACAAAUGCCAAAAGGGAUGGGAGUGACUGGAUUCUCAAUGGAAGCAAGGUAUUCAUCAGUAAUGGGCAGCUAAGUGACAUUGUGAUCGUAGUGGCAAUCACAAAUCAUGAAGCUCACUCUCCUGCUCAUGGCAUUAGCCUUUUUCUGGUGGAAAAUGGAAUGAAAGGAUUUAUCAAGGGACGAAAGCUACAUAAAAUGGGACUAAAAGCCCAGGAUACUGCAGAAUUAUUCUUUGAGGAUGUACGGUUACCAGCUAGUGCCCUACUUGGAGAAGAGAAUAAAGGCUUCUAUCACCUCAUGCAAGAACUUCCACAGGAAAGGCUACUGAUUGCUGAAAUGGGACUUUCAGCCAGUGAAUUCAUGUUCGAAGAAACCAGGAAUUACGUUAGACAAAGAAAAGCUUUUGGGAAAACAAUUGCACAUCUACAGACAGUGCAGCAUAAGCUGGCAGAAUUAAAAACACACAUUUGUGUAACCAGAGCUUUUGUGGACAGCUGUCUCCAGCUGCAUGAAAAGAAACGUCUGGACUCUGCCACUGCUGCCAUGGCGAAAUAUUGGGCAAGUGAGUUACAAAACACUGUAGCUUAUGACUGUGUCCAGCUCCAUGGAGCCUGGGGAUACAUGUGGGAGCACCCGAUUACAAAAGCUUAUGUGGAUGCCCGCGCUCAGCCAAUCUAUGGUGGUACCAAUGAAAUAAUGAAGGAGCUGAUUGCAAGAGAGAUCAUCCGUGACAAGUAGACAUCUGCCCACAUCCUGGAAUCCUAUUACAACUAAUCUGCUUUUAAAUCUACUCAAGAUAAAAUGCAACCUGGAAAGGGAGGAAAUGCUAAACAUGUUUUUAUAUGUUCUGUCUGUUGAAGGAGAAAUCAAAUAUGAGAUUAGUACAAUGAUAGGAGAAAUCUUUGAAUUCAAAGAUUCUAAAAUUGUCCAGGAUAGGCUUAACUUUUAAUUUUUAUAUAGCUAAAAGGCAAAUAUUUUCUGAUUCUAGAAGCCUUGGUGUUUGGUUUUUCCCUAAAAUUCUAAAAUAAAUAAAUAAAAAAUAAUUGCUUUCAAAUUGA